UAAAAUUUGUUGUAUUCCGGUAUUUAGUCAUCUGUAGUUGAUGAUGGAGAAAAUGUCAUUAUCUUCAUAAUUUUGCAAAUUUUUGGAGAGAUUACCAUUGUACUUCCUCUGUUGAAGUAGAAUAUCAAAGGACCGUAUCAUGAAAACAGGAUACCUGUCUUUAUUCAUCAUCUCCAGGAUGUGAAAGCUGUUUUGCUAAGAAACUUUGACAUCAGUUCAGAAAAUGAUCGAGUCAAGAACAUUUUCUGUGUCUGGUCAGACACAAAAUGCAUUCAAGGUCAUGCAUGAGUUACGACUGCGUAAUUUACUAUGUGAUGUUAUACUCAGCGUAGAUGGAAAGGAAUUCACUGGUCACAAAGUUGUGCUGUGUGGGUGUAGUCCAUAUCUUUGUGCUAUGUUUACAAAUGGCAUGUUGGAGUCGGAGAAAGCACAGAUUGAGAUACAAGGACUAGAGUCAUGGGCCAUGGGAGAGUUGAUUGAAUUCAUGUACACCAGUGUCAUUGAGAUCAAUGUUGACAAUGUAGAAGGAAUUCUGCAAGGGGCCAGCCUUUUAGGACUGCAUCAACUGCGGAAAAUGUGUGCCACAUUCCUACAGUCACAGCUGACUGCCUCCAAUUGCCUUGGUAUCCAUGGCCUGGCUGACAUGUACAUGUGUGGAGAACUGGAGUCCGCCUCCAGACACUUCAUCAACGAGAACUUUCUGGAAGUCAUUCAUUGUGAGGAGUUCAUGCAGCUCUCCUGUGAUCGACUGAUCACUCUGCUCAAAAGUGACACCAUCAGGGUGAACAAAGAGAACGAAGUAAUGGAGGCCGUGUGCAACUGGAUUCAGUGGGAUCCGGACAGCAGGUUCUCGGAAGCCUGUCGACUCCUCCCCCACGUGAAGUUACCUUUGUUAGAAAUCUCUUACCUAGAAAAUGUUGUAGUGCAAUCAGAGUUUGUGAAAAAUUGUGCAAAAUGUCAGUUGUUAAUUAGCAAAGCUAUAACUACAUUACAUGACUCCACAUCCCUUCAGCUGAUCCGACCUCGUGCCAUGCCCAUUAGUAUAUACGUCCUGGGAGGACGAAAUAGUUCCGACUGUCAGCUCUCGAGUAUGGAGAGAUACGACUUUCUUCGAGACCAAUGGUCACAUGUAAGUAAUAUGAAUAUAGCCCGUACAGCAGUUGGAGCAUGCAGUAUAGAUGGCAUGCUGUAUGCUGUGGGUGGAGAAUGUGCCUUAGUGGACACUCAAGAAGACACCCUUUACCUUCGGUGUGUGGAGUGUUAUGACCCCGUGCUGAGACAGUGGGUCCCCAAACCCGACAUGAAAGUCGCUCGCUCAUUUGUAGCUGUUGCAGGGGUUGGAAAAUACCUGUAUGCCAUUGGAGGAGAGGAUAGAUCUACUAGUUAUAGCAUAAUGGAGAAAUAUGAUAUCAAUACAGAGACCUGGUCAUUUGGUCCCAACAUGAAAAGGAAACGUUCUGGGGCUGGUGUAUGUGUUUGUGAUGGGAAGAUCUAUGUUGCUGGAGGUUAUGAUAAAACCCUUCACAUGGAUCGAGCCAGCGUGGAGUGCUAUGAUCCGAGCACCGACGACUGGACGUUCGUGACAGAGAUGGAGAAGGCUAGAUCUGGACUCUCACUGAUCGCCAUAGACCACAACAUCUACAUGAUUGGAGGCCGAUACAAAACAGCUGAUCAGUACUUUGAUGUGGCAGAAAGGUACAAUACUAUUACAAACCAGUGGACAACCCUGUGGUCCAUGAACCAGCCAAGAGCAUGGCCAGGAAUCGCUGUGUAUGAUGGAAAGAUUUAUCUCAUUGGAGGCUUCGACGGCUCCUACAGACUGCGCAGUGCCGAGGUGUACGACAUUGAUCGCGAUCGCUGGUCAUUCAUCAGCAACAUGUUGGUUGGGAGGGCAGGAUGUGGAGCGUCCAUUGUGUGAGGGAAUUCCUCCCCCCACCCCCACUCUAUUUGUGUCAUGCUGAAUACCGGAGCCUCUUGAAGUGUUGUCAGUCCCUUGCUGAUUGUAAGGAAGCCUGUGUGACUCUUUUGUGAUAAUUUUUUUAAAAUACAUUCUUUGCACCUAUAUUGUGAUAAUGCAUAUGGGCAUUGAUACAGUUGGUAAAAAUGUGUAUACGUAAUACAUGUACUUAUACAUGUAUUAUGAUGAUCUAUGGCUGUGAUGUAUACUGUGUUUUUGUAAUAAGAACACCUACCCAUAUUUCAAAGUUUCUUCAGCAUUUUAUUCAGCAAGAUGAGUUACUGUAAACCAAUUUUUAUUCACGGCGACUUUAUUUCGCAAUUAACUGCUAAUAAAUAAACUGGUUCGCGACGACUAAUGUUCGCGACCAAGCCUUAUCCAGACCUGUAUUGUUAUAAAAACUAUAGACAAAGGAUUGGUUCGCGACGAGAAAUAUUCGCGACAACAAGGCUCUCGCUAACCUCGCGAAAGUUGGAAUAAAAGUUGGUUUACAGUAAUGUACCGUACAAAAAGUCUUUUCUUUUUAUAGUGUAUGCCAAUGACAGUGCUUCUAGAUUUACAAAUUACUUGUUCAAUCUGAUCUCCUUGCAGAUGUAUGUGUAAAAACGUGAUCACUCUGUCUUUCCUUCAACACGCUAGUCUGUCUUCCAGAGAAUUUGUGAGGAAUACAUGUAUGGGUUCUUGAUGGAUGAUAUUUUGGGUUAAAUUUUUGGAAAAAUGCCAGUAAAACUGAUUAUGCUGCAUAUUGUAAUAUCCUGACCCUUAAUCUUUAAGCAAAAUCAUGCUGUAAAUCUUUCCUUUUGAUCUUUUCUUUCCUCUUUUAUAAUUUUUGUUUCUGUCUAUAUAUGCAGUAGUUUUGAGACUGUUAUAGAUUCAUCCAUUUAUUUGAACCUUUUUGUUCUUGAUUAAUUAGGUAUAACACUUGCUAAUACAUGUACAUGUAUAUAUUUUUAUUGUUGAGUCUUUAUUUUGCAUUGAGAUUGUGAUGUGUGCUAAUUUUUAAAAAGAUUUAAAUGUAUUUAUGUGGUUAGUGUUUUGAUUUCUAAAUACCAUAUUCAUCCUGUUAACUUGCAUUUAUUUGUUAAACAAGUGUCCAAUUCACAAGUAAGAGAAUGUAAAGUAGGUAAUACUAUUCUGUCUUACUGUGGAAUCAUUUAAAUUCGUGGGGGCCAAUUUUCGUGGAUCAUGACAUUUUUGCUCAUUCGUGGGGAUGUAAUUUCUUGGAUGCAUCAGUUACUGUUUCAGCAACAAAGAUAACUCUAAAAAAAAUUUUGUUGAGGAUUUAAAUUCGAGGGGGAGGGCUACCCACUAAUACCACGAAAAUUGAGCCACCACGAAUUCUAAUAAUUCCACAGUAACUGGUAAAGAAAAUUUCAGGGAAGGCAUAACCUGCAAGAUAUAUUAAGUCUUGCGUUUGAACAAUUUCUAUAUUUUGUGUUAUACAUGUAUGUAACGGAGCAUCAAAAACAUUUUUGAAAUGUUAUUACAGUAUUAAUACUCUUUCUUUUUCUAUGGAUAAAAGUCAUAUCGAUAUUCACAAAAGAUUUUUAGAUUAACUGCAUUUUAGAAAGAUUUUUAAAAAAAAUAAUUGGUAUUGUAAAUAUUCGAGGGAAUUCAUCAGAUUUUUUAAAGAUGUCAGAAUAAUAAAGUUAAUAGGAUGGAUAUGGUGAAUUUAUUGUUUGAUAAUUACUUUCAAUCAAGUCAAUGUGAUUUUUCCAGUUGUUGAGACUGCUUCACUUAUGAACAUUUGACCAAGGGCAGAUAUUUGUAACUAAUAAGUUGGUAUGAUUUCAAUUAUAUUUGUACAUUUCUCCAUAUUGUGAAGGUACAUGUAAUGGCCUCUAUUAGAGACCUUGACAUAUUUAUUUGUGGAGUAAUUGCUCACAGAUUAUUUGUGUCAGUUAAUUUCCACUUGGAAAACAUAUAUGGGAUAUUCUGUUGAUAAUGCUUAAUAAAGGAUAAUUUUACAAA